AUGGCCGGCGGCAGGCACUCACCCUCGCCGGGGUGUCGUGGCACCGCAAGUCCUGAGGAGCGUCGCCCUCUGCUCUCGAAAGCCAAGACUAUAGCCGUCCUAUCUUCCGCAACAUCAGCUUCAAAACCAUCUAUCGACGACAUCUUGACCGUGCCAACGGCUCAGAUCAACGAGGAGAAUCGAAGCAAUCCAGAGGAAGACAUGGAGAGCGCAAUACAGGAUUACCAGCCCAUGGGUCAUGCAGCGUUCUACAAGAUGAUCGGACUGCGAGUGCCGACUGAGGAAGACUACAUCGCAUGCCUGGAAGACCUAGAAGAGGGCAACGGUUUGUACCACGAUAUUCGAACCAGUCAUGCAGCCAUGCAGAGAUGGCACUUCUGGUUCGAGGUCGGCAUCUAUACUGCUUUGCUCGGCCAGAUCCUGUUAUCAGCGCAAUUCAUCAUUCUCGGUGCCAUGCGUGGCGAUCACCACGUCCCAAUCGCUAUUCUAGGCGCAUUCUCGGUUGCCGUUGCCGGCAUACUUGCACUGGUGAAAGGCCAAGGCUUGCCCAUGCGUCUACGCAUAAUAGGUCACACACCUCGAGUCAGGCGGAUGAGUCGCAGUUCGCUAACGCAGUCUGUCCAGGAACGCGACGCCUUGUGGGAAGUUCAACUCGAGGCCGAAGAACUGCACUGGCAAGUCUCAGCUGGCAAACCGGUCCUCUUCAGCGAUGUAAAGCGAGUCUGGCAACGCUUCGUCCAGGUCAAGCGUGACGCGAGCAUGAACCAUCCGGAUACGUGGAACACAUCUACCGCGGCGGCAGCACAAGCGCAGGCUGCUGGUGUCGGUGGAAAGAGUCCCUUGUCGGCCGCGUCACCAGCAGGAAAGACCGCAGCGACUGCACCAUCAGUAGAAGGCGAUACCGCCGCAAUGGCGUCUCUGGAGCCCAUCACCUGA